GGCCGCGUCCCGUCCGGUCCCGUCCCGCAGCGUCCUGCCCGCGCGCUCGCAGCCCGCUCCCGGGGCCGAGGCGUUCGCCGGUGCUCCCUGCACAGCCAUGGCUCAGCACUUCUGCCUGGCCAGCUGCGACGUGGUCGGCUUCGACCUGGACCACACUCUCUGUCGCUACAACCUGCCCGAGAGCGCCCUGCUCAUUUAUAAUAGCUUUGCUCAGUUUCUGGUCAAGGAGAAAGGAUAUGACAAGGAAUUGCUCACUGUGACUCCAGAGGAUUGGGAUUUCUGUUCCAAGGGCUUGGCAUUGGAUCUGGAAGAUGGGCACUUCAUUAAACUUGCAGAUAAUGGCACUGUGCUCAGGGCCAGCCACGGGACCAAGAUGAUGGCACCCGAGGUGCUGGCAGAGCAGUAUGGCAGGAAGGAGUGGAAGCACUUCAUAUCGGACACCGGAAUGGCAUCCCGAUCAGGAAAAUAUUAUUUUUACGAUAACUACUUUGACUUGCCAGGAGCUCUUCUAUGUGCCAGAGUGGUGGACUCUUUAACAAAGCAGAACAAUGGUCAAAAAACAUUUGAUUUUUGGAAGGAUGUAGUUGCUGCUAUACAACACAAUUAUAAAGUGUCAGCUUUUAAGGAAAACUGUGGAAUAUAUUUUCCAGAAGUGAAAAGAGAUCCAGGCAGAUAUUUAUACAGUUGUCCGGAAUCUGUAAAAAAGUGGCUUCAACAGCUAAAGAAUGCUGGGAAAAUUCUUUUGUUAAUUACCAGUUCUCACAGCGAUUACUGUAGACUUCUCUGCGAACACAUCCUUGGGAAUGAUUUUGCAGAUCUUUUUGACAUUGUGAUUACAAAUGCCUUGAAGCCUGGUUUCUUUUCCCAUUCGCCAAGUCAGAGGCCUUUCCGAACACUUGAGAAUGACGAGGAGCAGGAGGCACUGCCGUCUCUGGAUAAACCUGGCUGGUACUCCCAAGGGAACGCUGCCCACCUUUAUGAACUCCUGAAGAAAAUGACUGGCAAACCUGAACCCAAGGUGGUUUAUUUUGGUGACAGCAUGCACUCAGAUAUUUUCCCAGCCCGGCAUUAUAGUAAUUGGGAGACAGUCCUUAUUCUGGAAGAGCUCAGAGGGGACAGAGACGGGAAGCCUGAGGAAUCAGAGCCUCUAGAGAAGAAAGGAAAAUAUGAGGGACCAAAGGCAAAGCCUCUGUAUACGUUAUCUAAAACAUGGGGCUCUUUUUUUAUUGAUUCAGUUUCUGGACUGGAAAAUACAGAAGACUCCUUGGUUUAUACAUGGUCUUGUAAGAGAAUCAGCACUUACAGCACUAUUGCAAUUCCAAGUAUUGAAGCAAUAGCAGAAUUACCCCUGGACUACAAAUUUACCAGGUUCUCUUCAAAUAGUUCAAAAACGGCUGGCUACUAUCCAAACCCUCCAUUGGUCUUAUCAAAUAAUGAGAAACUGACAACCAAAUAAAUUAUCUUUACUAAAAAGUGAAGUGAAGAACCAUAUAUGCAGCAAAUGUCCUAUAAAGAUGUUAAUUUUCAAGAAACACUGUAAAAUGCCUUAGAGGAACAAAUUCAUAUUGAAAAUUGACCAAGACAUUGAUAUGUUUUUCCAUAGGACUGCUUUCCAUAUGGAUCAUCUUCACGCCCAGGAACUCUCAGCUUAUUAAAAUUUCAGUAUCUUAGAACUGAAAAGAACCUUAUUCAUAUUUUCUAUACCAAUAGUUCUGAGAUGAGAAUUCGUCUGGGGAGUUAUACGUAUAUACAUACACACACAUAUUUACACAUAUGCCUAGACAGUGGUUCUCGAAGUGUGGUCCCGAAACCACCGCCAUAGCAUCACCUGAGAACUUGAUAGAAAUGCAUAUUUGCAGACUCUACCCCAGACCUACAGAAUCAGAAACUCUGGGAAUGGGCCCCACACAAUCUGUGUUAAAUUACAGUGUGAUUCACCCUAAAUUUGAGAACCACUGGCUAGACUGUCACCUCCAGAGAUUCGUUUAAUUGGUCUGGGAAUAUAGAUGAGCAUUGGCUUCUCUUCCAGGCCCCAGAAAAUGCAGCCAGAAUUGAGAAGAACUGAUUUACACCUGUUCCUUCAAUUUAUAGCCAAGAACACUGGGUCCAGUGACAUUAAACUAUUUUUCCAAGCUGUCAGGUUUUAUGCUAUUGUUGUGUUUUCCCAAAAAAAAGGAAAUAAAGAGACAUGAUUUCUUCUGAGACCACACAGCCAGUAUGGGCAGAGAUGAUAUGAGAAGCCAAUUAUUUCAACUUCCGAUGUUACCCAUUAGGGUUUUCUCCUUCCUAAUAAUGUUAAAGGCUGUUUCAUUCAUUUUCCUUCACUUUAAGGCAUGUAUUCUCAAUGGGACAAAAAUUGGUUCGUAAGGGGAAAAAAACUCUUAGAUGAUGCAAUGGAUUGUGGCCUUCCAAAGCUCAACCCUACCCAAUAAAGUCUUAUUCCUUAGUAUUAAUUUCUCACAUUAGGGAGAAAUGUAAUUUAAAGUUAAAUUUAUUAAUUUAAUUUAAAUUUAAUUUUUCUCCUUGGAAUGGGGGAUGAUAAUGAAAAAAAGGUUGAGAAAAGUUGCUUUAAGGGAUUUAUAGUUAUAUUACAAUCUGGGAUUAUUGUGUUCUGUGUGCUAUGUAUACCACGUAUGUAUAGUCAUAUUAGUAGCUAUUUGUUGCAAGAUGUUUGGAGCCAGAUAAUGUUUACAAUAUAAAUUCCUGGCUACUCUUAUGCUGUAAUUUCACUGUGUGCAUCAUGGACAGUAUCAGAAAACAUGCUGGUAACUAUCAUUAUUUUACUUGGAUUGUAGCAGAGAAUUUAGCAUACUGAUGCAUGUAGUGAAAAGAUAAAUAUUUUGUUAAAUUUUUAAAUGCUCAAAUAACCUCCAAUAUAUUGUGAGGAUAAGUAUCUCAGGGUAGAUAAACAGUUACUGAAAUUUUUUCCUCAAAGUCAGUAGCUUUGUUUGCUCUCUACUACUAAGUAUACAACAGUGUAUUUGAAAUUGACUUCCAAAAUCUCAUUGGAAUAUGAUAAUGAGCAUACGCAAUCAAGCUUAGAGCUAAAUGAAAGAUGCUGUCUCAUGUAUACUGUCAAUAGACAUUUGAUUUCUUUUAAAAAUAAAGCUAUUUUUCCUUA